ACACAUACACAGACACGACAUUACUCACGGAGCACAGCUCCAGUUUGGAACUCGGUCUACGACGCACUGAUACCGCUUACCUAUUUUUUGGUUUUCUUUAGCGUUUAAACGACCAAGGUGGCGUUCAAGACUUUGAGACUUUAUCAAGGAUGUGCUAUAAACGCAGCUACAGAAAUAUAGACACGCCGCGUCUGACGUAAAACGGACAAGCAGCGACUUUAAGAAUUACUUAUGAUAGUUUUUGCUGGGGUUCACUAUACACCGGGCACACUCGUACGUUACUCACAUUUUUCCGGAUCUUCACCAAGAUUUUUGCGCCUGGAGCACCGCAGACGGGGAUAUUUUAAGCACCGCGUGUUUUUAUGGUUUAUUUAUUUCCAGGUGCGGGGUUAGCCUACGGAAAACUCAGCUUGUCCUAACUUAACUGUGCACUUGUGAAUGAGGAGUUGUUAAAAUAUAUUUUUAUUUUAAAGUCCGAAUCAAAACUGGAAUUUCCGCUGAAGGAACGUCAACAUACAGCUGAUAUCUGUAUCUAGCCAUUUGUGUAAUUUUUUUGUCUGCAUCGUUUCAAGACAAUAUUUAAAAACCUUAAGUUAAAACAUUAGGUCUUCCCGUGGCUGAAGUGAAAAUACGCAUGUUUACACAGGGACAUUAGCGCAGAGCUUUAGUUGUGCUAAGAUUAGCCACCUUCAGAACAUUUACGGUUGAUUUUGGGAACUUGACAACUUGCCAUUUUUGACACUGGAAAAGCUGCUUUUUAACAGGACAUUUUGCAAUUACCUGGACCAAAAAUGCCCCAGUUAGCCGGAGGAGGCGGCGGGGACCCGGAACUGUGCGCUACCGACGAAAUGAUCCCGUUCAAAGAUGAGGGCGAUCCAGAGAAGGAACAAAUAUUUGCAGAAAUAAAUCACCCGGAGGAGGAAGGGGAUUUGGCAGAUAUCAAGUCAUCUCUAGUAAACGAGUCGGAGACAAAUCCAAACGGCGGCAGUCAUGACGCAGCUAGACAGUCCCAAAUAUCCCAGGAUUCAUACCACGAAAAGCACAGGGAUCUCACUGAUGAGGGGAAGCAUCACGACGCAUACAACAAAGGCCAUCCUUACACAGGGUACCCCAGUUACAUCAUGAUGUCCAACAUGAACAGCGACUCGUACCUGAGCAACGGGUCUCUAUCUCCACCCAUGCCCCGGACGUCCAACAAGGUGCCCGUGGUGCAGCCCUCCCACGCCGUGCACCCCCUCACCCCCCUGAUCACGUACAGCGAUGAACACUUCGCCCCUGGGCCCCACUCUGGACACCACACCCAGGAUCUCAACUCCAAGCAAGGCAUGCAGAGGCAUCAUCCCGGUCCUGAUAUAGCCAAUUUCUACCCCCUCUCUCCUGGAGGAGUUGGACAAGUUACCCCACCGUUGGGAUGGCAGGGUCAGCCUAUGUACCCAUCCUCAGGUGGAUUUAGGGACCCCUUCUCUUCCUCUUACCCAGGCGACAGCCACAUCCCCAGGUUUUCGCCCCAUAUGGUGCCGGGACCCCCCGGACCCCACGCCACAGGAAUCCCCCAUCCCGCCAUAGUCAACCCCCACGUCAAACACGAGCCCCACCACGACAGUGACCUCAUGCACAUGAAACCUCACCACGAACAAAGGAAAGAGCAGGAGCCCAAAAGACCUCACAUCAAGAAGCCCCUGAACGCGUUCAUGCUGUACAUGAAGGAGAUGCGGGCCAACGUGGUGGCUGAGUGUACGCUAAAGGAGAGCGCCGCCAUCAACCAGAUCCUGGGCCGGAGGUGGCAUGCGCUAUCUCGUGAGGAGCAGGCUAAGUAUUAUGAAUUAGCCCGCAAGGAACGACAGCUCCACAUGCAGCUAUACCCCGGCUGGUCUGCCAGAGACAAUUAUGGAAAGAAGAAGAAGCGGAAGAGGGAGAAGAUCCAGGAACCUGCUCCAGGUACAGGCCAGAGAAUGAAAACUGCAUACAUCUGACCAAUGGAGGGAAACAAAACACUUUCUCCACAUGCAAAGUGAAGGUAGCAGCUAUGGGCCCCUGUUUAAAGAUGGAAGCCUGCUAGAAUCUACAGCCUACACCCCCAAACCCACGCCUCCUCCAGCACCUGAGUCCCAGGGAGACCCCCAGUCCUUGACAAUUCUCUCACAUCUGCAGCCACUGAGACAAAGACGGUGAAUUGUAAAGACAAUCACACACGUAGGGACUUCACAUGAACACUAUGCUCACAAAGAAAACCACAAGAACAAGUCUUCUGUUUCUGAUAGGUCACCAGCCACUGUUCAGCAAGAGCACAGUAACUGUUUGUCAGACUUUCACCUUCUCUUCCAACACCUGUUUCUAGGUUUUAUCUGGAACCUAUUCUGCACAUAGUCCCAUAGGCCUCGUUUUAAACCACAUCAUGGUUCCCGUCUUUUUUGCUAAUGUUCAGAACACUUGAGGGAUCACGUUGUCAAGGAAUUGUCUGGUAAAAACUAUUUGAAAUGGCAAGGCAGUGCAAAAAUGCUCAAUGUUUAUUGGCUUUCAUUUCGGUGACACAUUUAUUUUGAAUGCUUUUAUAUUUUAAUCUGUUUUUUUUCUCUUGGUGUAUAUGUUGUGGUGGUUUUUUUAUUUUUAUUUCAAUUUUUAUUUUUUUAUAUAUAUAUGAAUCUGAAAUAAGCUUUGGAGACAGGAACAAAACAUUUUUGUCUUUUCUUGUCGAAGCAUCUUGUAGAAAUGACAAAUUUAAAAAAGGCUUCUUUUGAUAACUAUUUGUAACAAAUGGUGACCUCUCAGUCUUUGUCGGAUGUACGAUAGAUCCCAAUAUGUGUACAUUAUAAAACAAUGUCAGGACCCGUCACUUACUUUGAUAUUUUUACAGAUGUUAUAAGGACAAAGUCACAAGAGUAGGUGCUCUGAAGCCUAUAUUUUCUUGUUCUGAAUGGACAAAUGGAAAAAUUAUAUAUAUUUAUCUCAGCACUUGACCGUCUUUCUUUUAUUGCAAUGUAUUUGUCUUCUGUUUUGGUAGCUAAUAGUGUGGUCUUAAGCCAUUUCAAUUCCAUGCAAGCAUUUCUGUAAUAAGUCAUUGAUUUUUUUAGUAUUAACAGAUGCAUUGUUUUCUUGUUUUAUUUUAAAUUACUGUCAACUUGGUAGAGCACUUUGCUUCCAAGUUGUUACAUUUUCAAUGUGUUUAAACCAUGUUUUUUUACAAAAAUAAAAAGGCAGCAUUGACUGAA